CAGACCAGGACUCUACAGUCCCAGCAACACCAGUGCGGUUCCUGUGCUUCCUUCGGCACACAGCACCAGAACCUCAGCCUCCACCUCCCCUCUCAGGACCCUUAGAGGUCUAAUGACAGCUGUGCCAAGUCCUGGUCCUGAAGGUAUCCACAGCUCCUCCAGGCCCCGAGGUCAGAGCCUAGGCUCUACUCUGAGCUCCAGGACAAGAGCCAUGACUUCCAGAAGAAAGCGUAGGAGCAGCCAGCCGGAGGAGCCAGAGGCCUUGUUGGACCUGAUACUGGAGUGUCAGGGUCAGAGACUGGAGGACCAGAGAGCAAGCCUUAGCCUUUUGCCUGACCAAGGACCAGCUGUUUCCUGUGGAGCCUGCAGCCCCGAGCAGCCCACCUUGCCCAGUCUGGACUUUUACUACAUGCUCAUACACUACCAGUCUGACAGGAUGGACGACCAGAGGUGCUCUCUUCCUGAUCUGGAUGAUGUGGUUGUUUCAGUUCCUGAAGGUCAGCAGGAUUUCUUCAGUUUGAUUCAGAGAGUUCAGUCCAGGAGAAUGGACGAGCAGAGAGCCUCGCUGCUGUCGACACACACUGAGGACGACCGUGCCGCACACAUCCACACACACACAGCUGGCCGCACCCCCCAUUCUCAUCAUCAUCAGAGAUAAGAAGCAGUCUGAAAGAGUUCACCAAAGCCCCACUGAGCUUCUGGUGCUCUUAAAGACUACAAGUACUGUUCCUAAUCGUCAGGCUGUGGCUGAGCAGGGAUCUUGUCUUCAGGACAUUCUGAACGUUUUUGUGAAUAAGUCUGGCUGCGGGAUUCAGAAUGAAAUCAGAAUCCUGACUGUGAUGAUGUGGAAACCAUGCUGACUCCAAACUGAUUGCAGUCAAUGCAUCCUGAAGGGCUGACCUGAGACCAGCGCUUUGGGCUCCUAUGUGUCUCUCAGUAGUUACUGGUUGCAUUUAGAGUUU